AUGGGUUUUUUGGUCAUGGGCUCUUGGUCUAUAACCAAAUAUGGAGUGUUCAGAGGCUCAAUUACGCACACGCUUGCUUAUGCUGAGAGUCCCCCUGAGGACUUCACUAAGGAGCAGAUUGACACUAGACUGGAGCGUCUCCAGGAAAUUUGGCAGGAGUGCGUGCAUACAACUGACCAAAUGUACAAACACGUGGAAAGCCCAGAGUAUGCAGACCCCGAGGCGGAUUACGCUGUAUAUGAAGAAAAGUAUCUACUAACACGUGGAUUGCUCCUAACCUUUAAAAGAGGACUACCUUCGGUUGAAGAACCCGAUGACAACAGCGGUCGCGCAGACAAGGUUUACAAUGUCAUUUCAAGGUUAACAGAACAACAAGCUACGCUUUUUGAGCAAUUAGCCAACGUUUCUAAAUCGACAAAAUUUGUUGAAAAUGAUUUACCAAAAAUCAAUAUUCAACCUUUUUCGGGUAAUUACAAGGACAGGCCUACCUUUCGCGAUUUAUUCGUGAGUUCCGUGGAUUCAAGGUCCAGUCUAUCCAACGUUCAAAAAUUCCACUACCUAACCUCGUCACUUCGUGACGAGGCUGCGAACUUGGUAAAACAUUUACCAGUGACAGAUACCGCUUACAAAACCGCAUGGCAACGUUUGAGUGAUCGCUUUGACCGACCUCGGCACAUAGUUAACUCAUUCAUGGAUAUGUUCAUGAACCUUCCUUCUACGACGGUUGAAAACUCGAACUUGCUGCGAAAAAUCUCGGAUGGUGCUCAUGAAGUUGUGCGAGGUUUGGAGGCUUCAAAGCAAAGUGGGCGCGACUGCUGGUUAAUUUAUUUGUUGGUAGCAAAAAUCGACCCAGGGUCUCGGCGUCGUUGGAUCAACGAUAGUAAGGCCAAUGCAAUACCUUCCAUUGGCGAGUUUUUACAGUUCUUGGACUCCCGUUGCGAAGAACUGGAGUUAAGCGGUCGCAAAAUUAGCAGCUCUUCAAAGUCAUCCGAGGUCGGUAGUAAGGCUAUCAAGCAGCAAUCACGUGCAUUGCUGACCACUGAUACUAACGUAUCUACAGUAUGUGUUAAAUUACUGCAGACUCCCACUGCGUCGCAGUCAGCGCAAGCCUCGACCUCUUCGCCGGUCUCUGCCACUGCAUCACCUGGCCCAUGGUCAACUACGUCACAUGUUGCUCGCCCAUACUCAUCGUGUAGCCCUCUAGGAGUAGAAUAUGCCAACGUAGUUGAAUGCUCGUCUAGGGAUAGCAGUAAAUUUAUUUUGCCUACAGCGGUGGUUAAUGUACAAACGGCAGGGCACCGAUACAAAACUUGCCGUGUUUUGUUGGACUGCGCUUCCGAAUUGUCAUACAUCACCGAGCGCUGCGCUCAAAGCCUCGCUCUCCCACGCUCACAUUCACGUGUUGUUGUUUCGGGUAUCUCCUCAGUCAACGCUGAAACAACAUGUGGACUCUGCGCUCUCCGCAUCAAAUCUCGAGUCGGCAAUGACAUUUUAGAGGUCAAAGCUCAUGUUCUCAGCAGAAUCACGUCUACGCUUCCGCAAGAAACAAUAACAAUAUCAGCAGUCAGUCAGCUCCAUGCAGUUCCUCUUGCUGACCCUUCGUUUAAUGAAGCAUCAAAUAUUGACAUCUUAAUUGGUGCACAGUACGUGUGGGACGUUAUCACAUCGGACAAGAUCUACGACACUCAUGGCAAUGUUAUCGCAGUAUCGUCAAUUUUUGGGUGGAUAGUUACCAGCAUUCCACUACCUCAGGUACAACCUACUAUUUCGCUCGUUAUACUUGCAGAUGUCGACCAGUCACUAAGAAAAUUUUGGGAGAUUGAAGAGACUCAUGUGCCAGUACAUAACAGCGAAGACGAUUAUGCAGAGCAUCACUUCACUAACACGUAUUUUAGAACUGAGACCGGCAAGUACGUAGUAGAGUUACCUUUUCAGCAACCAAAGGUCAUAUUUUCAGAAACAAUGAGCGGCUGUUUAGUGCGAUUUCUGACCGUAGAACGGCGUUUGAUGAGAAACAACAAUACGUUGAAUUUAUGCGCGAUCCAAAAGUCCCAAAAAUCAGGAAACUGCCCCGAAAGUCCCGAAAUUACUCCCGACAAUCUCGAAAUAUACCCGAAAGUUCCAAGGAUCCUAAAUAAGUCCCAAAAAUUUGAAAAUAGUCUCGAAAGUCCCAAAAUUACCUAA